GUCGACGUUCCGGUAUAAAGUCCCCACCGAGCCCCAUUAAGUGAAGAGUCACAAACUCCGAGAAUGGGGGUGAUGGCGCCCCGAACCUUGCUCCUGCUGCUGUCGGGGACCCUGGUUCUGCCCGAGAACUGGGCGGGCUCCCACUCCCUGCGCUACUUCAACAUCGCGGUGUCCCGGCCCGGCCGCGGGGAGCCCCGCUUCAUGUCCGUGGGCUACGUGGACGACACGCAGUUCGUGCGCUUCGACAGCGACGCCCUGGAUCCGAGGGAGGAGCCGCGGGCGGCGUGGAUGGAGGAGGAUCAGGCGUAUUGGGAUCGGAACACACAGAUCCACAAGGACACCGCGCAGAUUAACCGAGUGAACCUGCGGACCCUGCGCGGCUACUACAACCAGACCGAGGACGGUGAGUGA